ACCUUAGAGCAUACAGACGUCACGAGAGAUUUUUCUCCACUACGCAUCAUUUUUCUUCUCAUCCUCUUUGUAACGAACAAACGAAAUUCAGAGACCGCGAAGACAUGAAGACUGUGGUAUCCGAUCCUUGGAUUAAUAGCGAAAACUCAUGUCCUCGGUUAGAUUCAGAGGGGAAUCAUUUCGAAGAUUGUUUUGUCGAGAAUAGAACCGAAGAGACUAAAUUGCCUGAUUCGGAACAAUAUUUACAAAGUCUCUAUUCAAAACUACGAGCUGUGCAAGGUGGAUCCUCCAAAAAGGACCUUGUCAAAUCUUUGACAGCUGUCAAAGAGGACUGUAUCGCGAGAAUAUUGACCGAAGGUUGUCAAGCCCAAACCGAAGAAGAAUCUGAGCUUGCUGCUAAUCCGUUGGUACGACACAUCGCUCCGCAUUUGCAGGCAUUGACUGCUAGUGAAUUGGUACAGCUACUAAAAGCAGACGUUCUCCAAGCUGUAACGGAUCAACAAAACGAUCAACCAACUUCAGAAUAAAAACUUAUUAUUACCGUAAAUAGAUUUAUCAACUUCAUCAUGUCCGUGCCAUUAUUAUCUGGUAAAGUUUUUCUCCUCGUUACUGGUGCCAGCCAGGGAAUUGGUAAACAAAUAACAGAGUCAUUCGCUACCUUGUUGGGAAACGGAUCGGUGGUACUUUUAAUUGCGAGAAAUAAAAAUGCCUUGAAAGAAACAGCACAGAAGUUACCGAAAAGCCUAAGCGUUCAUACAGCAAGUAUGGAUCUCAGUGUGGCAACGGCGGAUGAAUUAAAAGGGCCUGUUUUAUUACUUGCAGAUGUUGUUUGCAAAGCCUUGGGUUCUGAAAGUGCGACACAAUUUGAGAAGGCUGUAAUUGUUCAUAACGCCGGAUCACUUGGUGAUGUUUCAAAGCCAGCUAAUGACAUGAAAGAUUUUGAAAUCUGGCGCAACUACUAUAAUCUCAAUGUCUUCUCCCCGGCCAUUUUGAAUGGAGUGUUUAUGGAAUUGUUCAAUAAAGAAACAAAAGUUACAAGACUUGUUGUCAACAUUACAUCUUUGUGUGGUAUUCAACCAUGUAAAUCAUUGGCGUACUAUUGUACUGGAAAAGCUGCCAGGGAGAUGUUCUUUAAGGUUUUUGCUAUUGAAAAUCCUCAAGUAAAUGUGUUAAAUUAUUCACCGGGACCUGUUGAAACCGAUAUGCAAGAAGUGCUACGCAAUAAUCUGGGAGAUGCAGAUGGUAAGAAAACAUUCAACGAUAUUAAAGCCAGCGGUUCAGUUUUGACGACAGAACAAACAAUAAAUCGUCUUAUGGAAAUACUCAAGUUACAAAACUACAAGUCUGGUGAUCAUGUUGAUUAUUAUGACAAACAAGAUCUGAAGCAGUAAGAUAUGGCAAUUAUUUUACAUCAGAAAAAAUAACAUUAUGAAAGUCAUGUAUUGGUGAAGAAUAAGUUGACAGUGAAGCAUCAAUACAAGCCUAGUCAAUAGAUGCCGGUUCCCCUACAUUUCCCCGCCAUACACGUCUUCGGGCUUCCCUCACAAACGCGAUUGGAACAGUUAACGUGCAUGGCAUCGACGUGGUUGGGGCUCACUAGGGGUUGCAGCAACCUCGCAACGUUAAAGAGUUGGAAUGAUUAUUAAAAAUUAAAGCUUAACAGUUUGAAUUUAAUGUGGAUCUGAUUUCCUAGCGAGACGCAAUUCUUCUAAUAGAUGAAUGACAUCAUUGCUGUGUCUGAUACUAAAAAAUAAUUAUAAUAAAUUGAGUAAUAUUACACA